AUGUUUGGCCUGGCCUGGCCUGGCGCUGGCUGGCCUGGUGUCUGGCCUGGCCUGGCCUGGCCUGGCCUGGCUGGCUGGCUGACGGCCGGCCCAAUGCCCGGCCGGCCAGUGAGCCAGCCCGGUGGCCAGCCCGGCCGGCCGGCCAGCCAGCCAGCCGGCCCGGAUGGCCCGGCCAGGACUGGCCCGGCCGCCAGCCGGCCCGGCCUGGCUGGCGUGUGUCUGGCCUGGCCUCUGGCUGGCUGGCGGUUGGCGGCUGGCUGGCUGGCUGGCUGGCUGGCUGCAGCCUGGCCUAGGCAGGCUGUGUUUGCAGCUGUGUGGCUGGCUGGCUGGCCUGGCCUGGCCUGGCUGGCUGGCCUAGCUCUGGCUGUGUGGCUGGCUGGCCUGGCUGGCUGCUGGCUGGCAGCUGGCUGGCUGGCUGGCGCUGGCUGGCUGUGCUGGCUGGUUUGGCUGGCUGGCGGCUGGCUGGCCUGGCAGCUGGCCCCAGCUGACUGGCUGGCUGGCUGA